AUGGUGCGGGCACCGCAGAUUUCAGAGGAUGCACGACUGACUGCCCUGGUAGCAAAUUGGAAAAUAGUCUGCGUGUGUGAUGGGGUCCACGUCACGGUCCGGGAGAAACAGCGAUUUGCGAUGCUCUUCCAGUCGGUGGUCCUGCCGUGUCAGUACCAGACGGCCUCCAUUCAGGCCCCGGUGGUGCAGUGGUGGUACAAGUCCUACUGUCGGGACCGCACCCGGGAUUCCUUCACACUUCCCGAGACUCUGGGCAUCAAAGCCUCCGAGCUGGGAGCCACGUCCCACCUGGAAUGCUCCGACAGCAGCCGCACGGUCCGGGUGGUGGCGUCGGCGCAGGGGGCCUCGCUGACGCUGGCCGAACAUUACAAAGGCAGAGACAUCACCAUCAUAAACAAAGCUGACCUACGCAUCGGUGAGCUGCAGUGGGGCGACAGUGGAGUGUACUUCUGUAAAGUUGUUAUUGCGGACGAUCUGGAGGGGAAGAAUGAGGCUCAGCUGGAGCUGCUGGUGCUUGGUACGGUUACUCAGUGUUACGGUAGGACAAGUGAACAGAGUGAUCUACUACCUGAGUUUGAUGUGGAGAUUAUGCCAGAGUGGGCCUUCGUGGGCGCCGUGGUGCUGGGCAGCGUGCUGUUCCUGCUGCUGCUGGGGAUCUGCUGGUGCCAGUGCUGUCCUCACUCCUGCUGCUGCUACGUCCGCUGCUGCUGCUGCCCGGACACCUGCUGCUGCCCGCGCCACCUGUACGAGGCGGGGAAGAUGGCAAAGAACCGGCAGCCCUCUCAGCUUCCUGCGUAUCCGUACUACAUUCCCGGCGUUCCUACAGUGGUCCCGCUCGCACCUUCAUCCCAUCUGGAACCAAAGAUCAACUCUGUCCCCUCAGUGGAGAACAACCUGGCUGGAGUGCGCAGUGGCUACAGACUGACAGCCAAUCCAGACCAGGACUCAAUGAAAGUUCUGUACUACAUUGAGAAGGAGCUGGCUCAGUUUCCCUCCAACACGAUGGCCUCAUUCAAACCCAGCAGCUUGUCAGAGCUGAGCUCCCUUCACGAUGGAGGGAACACAGAUUUCAGACACACCUAUCAGACGGUCCAGAUGAAGGCACUCCCGCCAAUUGCGGACCACGACGAGCGGCUGCGAACGGCCCCUCAGACUGGUCGAAGGCCCAGGCGAGACAGAUGCAACCACUCAGAUGAUGAGCUGGACCGCAGGUGGAAUCCCGUGUCGGAGCACCUGCAGAGGAAAACACUGGGCAGGAGAGGGCGCACUGGCUCUCUGGACGAGCUUGAGGAAUUUGCUCGGUCUUACGACCCCCGUGGUCGCCGGGCCGGGCCCCCUGACCGGCCGUAUGAGCGCGAUCACAGCCCUCCCAGGCGAUUCUACCAAGACGACGAGGACGGCUGGGGCCGCCGAAGCCCCUCUCCUUCGCCGCGGAAGAGAAGGGACACGUGGGACAGUGACCGGCCCUCCAGACCCCCCCAGAGCAGGAGCUACGACGACGACCUUCUCAACCGAGCGCUGGAGAGGAAGGCGAGGGGGCGUGGCUGGGACAGGGGCGCCGGGAGGGCGGACGAGGACAGUGACACUCCCUCCAAAGGCAGCUCCAGAGGCAAAGGCAGUGAUAGUUACUACAGCCGGUCGCCCAGCAACCGUCCAGACGAGGAGGACGCUCUGCCCCCAUAUUCGGAGCGAGAGGCCGAGCGGUACCGCAGGGCCGACCUGACCUCAGAGCGGUACCGCACCGCAGACCACCCCAGAUCAGAGAGAUACAGGACCACCGAGCCCACAAGGCCCCCCUCGCACCACCGGCCCCACCCGGCCAUGUCCCACACAUUACAGGGGGGCAGGGAGGAGCGGGACAGGAGUCGAAACCUGGUGAGUUACUUGUAGCAGGAACAAGGACUUCCUUCCUGUUCGACCCCUCAGGAACCUAUCCUCUGUAUCCUGUAAACAUCUGCAGGAAACGUCUGAUAACAGCCCAUGUUUUUCUUACUGUCAACAGAAGUUCAAGAAAAGAGCUGGUCCAUCUCUUAUGAUGGCUUGUUUAGUUAAAGGCCAGAAAAGCAGAAGCCAAAAACCGGCAUAGAUAAAGAGAUGUUAAUUAAAUGGAAGUGACAACAAUAAGAGGAGAAAGAUGGCAAGAAAUUAAAGAUAAAAGAAAAAAAGUGACACACCACCAUCUCAAAAAUAUUUCAGAUGACCAACAGUGGCAAAGUCGAAAUUUAAGAGACUUAAAAUUAUUCAAAUGUGACACUAAGUCAUCAGAUUUAAAUCUGGUUGCCGAGAUGUAGAGUUAAAAUUGGACCAAUUGAAACAGAAUGAGAAGAGACAUACAAUGACCGUUUUUAGGCACAAAAAUACCAUCAAGGACAAUGAAAACGUCAUGUUGAAAGGAACAAAAGCCACACGCAAAAAGAAGCUGAAAACAGCCAUAAAGUGACACAAAAACUCUGGAGGUCCCCUCUGCUGGGGAGCCUUUACAGUUUAGUUCCCAGAGACCCCUUUUAUAAUGCGUCUGUGAUACUGUGCCCUGGUGACCUACAUGUGUCUGCUGUUAGAGUCCAGUGAGGGCUUUUGUUCCCAGUGUUUUCCUUUUACACCACAUUCCUCUUUGCAGCGUUGUCCUUCAGCUUAUUGUUUUGUCUCUCCAGCGUGAGUAUUUUGGUUCUGUAUCAAAUGUGAGUUUCCGUAAAAUGACUGAAUUAGUACUGAUUAUUUCCAACAAGACGGAGGACAAAACAUGGAGCACAAAAUAUGAUUUGGGUCUGAAAUCCAUUAGAAUGUCACCUAAAAGACUAAGAAUAAAACCGACUGCCAGGUUAAGUCAGGUUUAAGUGGACAAAAAGCCUCUGUUUUAUCAUGCGCUGUGCUCAUCAUUGACUAUAGUUGGUUCUGCUGCCUCCAAGUGGAUAAAAGAAGACAUGUAGACUUUAAAUCUUCUUUGGUUGGAACAUAAGUUUAGUUUCUUAGGUGAUCUUUGUUGGCAAUAAGAAAAAAUUAGCUGUGCCUUCUGAAAUCUGAAGAUGUCUUACAGUAUUAUGGACUCUAACAGUGUUUCUGUCUCUUUUUAAAUUUGCAUUGCGGAUUGGUCUUAAAACUGUGUCAUUAUGUUAAUUUUUGAACGAGUUCAUGUAUAUAAUGGUAGCAUUUUUUAUAUAAAUCUAAAACUUAAGCAACGUCUUGAUCUGUAAAUUCCGACUUUUCUAACCACCAUCACAUUAUUACAAAUCUUUUUCUGCAUUUUGAAAGACUCAAAAUCCUCUUUUGUUUGUUGUUUUGUUUUUUUCCUUCUGAAAGCGGAGGUGCGUUCACUGGCACGGCAGCUGCAUGACUCCUGUGUCUCCGACUACAUUUCGGGCUAAACUAACCCAGCAUGGGCGUCUCUUAACAUGUGGCUCUCUCGGUGUAUUUCCCCCUAACAGAGCACUGCACUGAGCAGGGACACUCUGGUAGUGUGAGCGGGCUCCCCCAGCCUCCACCUGCCCAGUGCUGCUGUCCCUUCACUGUAACCGUCCUGCGGCCACGCAGACACUAACCGCUCCGCCAUCGGCUGCAUGAGGCCUGCUCCAUCACUCUGACAUAACCUCACUCAGAAAACAGCUGUCGGGGAUGGGAAGCCCACAGAGACUAAAAUUUGUUUGCCGAUGUCCUCCCAAGUUGUAUGUAUUUCUACGUUUGCAUUUUACAGAUGACGUGUACAUGUGUGUUUUAUUUGUCUAAUAUGUUGAGCUGAACUCACGCCGGUGCCAUGAUGUUUUUUUUUAUUUUUUUUAUAUCAUUCUUAUUAAUAUUGUUGCUAGCAGAAUUUGAGGAUAGCCUGACGUACCACUAAGCAGCCUCCGGUCUUCACACUUCUGCCUCAGUGCUUUGCGACUCAGGUUUAGAGUGUAUUUUUGCAUGUGCCUGUUCAUCUUGUGGCAAUAUGUCAGCACCGCACCUGGAAUUUUUUCCCCAGUUAUUGCACUACUUAGAUACUUAAAAAAAGAAAGAAAUUAAAGCAAACAUCCCUCCUCAAGUCUUGACUCUUUGACAUGAACGCAUGAUGAGCAGAAAGCAGGGAGUGCAGCCUUUCAUCAUUACAUCAUUAAAUCCAAGCCAAAGGGGACACUAUUGAAGUCAACUCAAAACAAGCAGGAAUCUUAAUUCUGUGUCCAUGAGUCUGACUCCACCAACCUGCUCUGUGGAGAAGAGAUGCUCAUUUACUCAAAAAUACUGCAAAUGAAACAACACAGUACAUUUUUCAUGCUAAAAGGAUUAAAUGUUUUCUGCUGACUGUAUUGAUCUUGGACUUGCAUCUGGAGGCUGUUCGGAUUAAAUAUUCAACGUGUAGUCCUUGGAAGUGGAGUGAAAAAACCCUUAAUGUGGUUCAUACUUUGCUGAUAAAAGGGCUGGACUGGAUUGCCUUUUUUAUUUGCUUUCUCGUCUUUAUUACUUGAAAAAGUUUUUCAACAGACAGAACUGCUUUCGUUUUACGCUGAUAUAGUUUCCACCUCAUGUAUUCCCGUCAGUUCCUAAAUCUCUCUAGAGUAGAGUUAAAUUGGUCAGUGUUCUACUCUUUUUUCUGAAUAAGUGGUCCAUUUGCUCUGAAUAGCUUGUUUAUCAGAAAUGUUUACAGCAUCGUUCUUCUGUCUUUCUGCCUUAUCUUUACCUGUUUGUGUGCCAAGUUGACUUCCAAUGUGUCACUUCUUUUUUUUUCCGAUUUUCUUUUUUAAAAACAAUUUGGGCCACAGCCUGUCUGUUUCCCCCUUAAUGAGAGUAUCCCACAGAUGAAAAAGUACCUUAAUCAUUAUAUGAAAAGGUGCAAAUCAAAUCACCUGUGUGUGACUGAUGCUACUUUAACUAAAUGGAAAAAGACACCCCUAGCAAUGAUUAUUAACUGUGGAAGGUCAUGGCUUGAAGGCUGCAAAUAAUUUUCAUUCAUCCAGUUUCCCACUUCAGUAAAAGGAAGAAAUGUCAAUAAUCCUAAAUAAUUAACUAGUUUAUUGAACUCAUCAAUUACAGAUAGUUGUUUGCUUAAAAUAAGUAAUUUCAUUAUAAUUCCAUUGGUGCAGAAAUAUAGAAAGCGUUUUUGUCCAUGUAAUUAAAACAAAUUUCAGUAAUCUAACUGAAGGAAAAGUCGCCCAAAAUUGUAACAUUUCCUACAUGAAGUGUUCAGUCAUUUGGAGUUUUGAAAAAGAUGUUAUCACUAAGUGACAUGUGUACUGUGUUCGGUGUUAAGCAUGUUUCACCCAAUCCUUUCACUUUUUUUCAUAGUUCAGUGUCCAAAGACGGAUAUGCCAUUUGCCACUCGUGCAGGAAAUUAUGCUUAAAUAUACUUUAAAAUACUCUCAUUUAGAAUUUUGAACAUGACUUGUACAGUCUGGAAAAUUCUUGAAUUCAGUUACUAAGCAAACUAACAGUGUAAAAAUAUCUUACAUUGAGCCAAAAGUUGAAUUCAAAGCUGCAGGGUAUGUCCACAUUAGGAUUUUGUAAUUAAAGUGUCCCUCUUCAUUCUUUUGGCUGGAGCCUAAGUUAUGUUUGAAAUACUUGCUUCUCAAACACUUUACUACUUUUAUGGUAAAAUGCAUUUUUAAAUUAAACUCAACCAUGUCUGCCCUAAAGUCUGUUUUGUAUUUGUCUGAUAACUGUGAUGCAUGCUUUGGGCAAAACUUGU